AUGCCCCUCGAAACCCUCCUCCCGCGCCUAACAGGCCCCAACAUCCCAGACUGGGACCGCGCGCUCACGUCCUACCUGCUCUGGCACGGAGCGCACCGCGUGCUGUCCGGGGACGAGGCGGAGCCGUAUAGGCGCAGCGCGGACCCACACGCGCCAAGCGACGAACACGUCGUGUUCCCGCCGGCACAGGUGGCGGGCAGCGCCCCGCCGCGCGUGGGCGCGCGCACCACCCCCGACUGGACAGACAGCAUGCAGGUCGAGUGGGAGGUGUGGCGGGCGAAAGAGUUCAAGGUGCGCGCGGUGCUGCAGAUGACGGUUGGGAUGGAGGACUAUCGCGAGAUCAAGACCAUGUGGUCUGCGCAUCAGCUGAGGGCAGAGCAGUACAUGUACCUUCGGAACAAGUAUGCGCGGUACUUCUUCUAA